UCAAUCCAUCGCUUUUUCCGGGAGGGCUCGGUUAAGCUAUCUCCAGUAUCUGUCUUUUAUUCUUUUCUCUUUAAUUGUCAAAUUCAGAAGUCAGAACCUCUGAAACAAGCUGCUGGCUGUGCUGCACUGAUGCUUAUAUAAUUAAGGGAUCCUGGUAGACCUCACAUUUCCAACAACUUCAGCGCUCUCUGUUCUUCGUCUCAUUCUCUAUCACUCAACCAUGAAUAAGCUUCAGCCUGGUCCAUCUAAGCACUUGAGAAUCUCAUCAACUCUCUUCCUCUUCAUCCUCCUCCUCCUCCUCCCCAUCUUAGCUUCUGGCGAGUGCACCUGUGAUCCAACAGAGGAAGAGCAUGACAAAGCUACAUCACUUAAAUAUAAGAUAGCUGGGAUGGUAGCAAUUCUGUCGGCCAGUGCGAUUGGAGUCUGUAUUCCGGUGCUCGGAAAGUCAUUCCCGCCGUUGCGACCUGACAAUGAUAUCUUCUUUAUGAUCAAGGCCUUCGCAGCUGGUGUAAUCCUAGCAACAGGGUUCAUACACAUUCUCCCCGAUGCGUUCGAGAAAUUAACGUCGCCUUGCCUCAAAGGGAAGGUGUGGGAGAAUUUUCCCUUCACUGGGUUCGUCGCAAUGAUGUCUGGAAUCAUUACGUUAAUGGUGGAUACCAUUGCGACCAGUUACUUCCAGAGGCUUCACUUCAAUAAAUCUCAGCCGUUGAGUGUCGACCAGGAGACGGGCGGUGAGCAUGCAGGGCACCUCCAUGUUCAUACGCAUGCUACGCAUGGUCACUCUCACGGAUCGGAUUCAAGCAGUUCGGAGCUUCUUCGGCAUCGAAUCAUUUCGCAGGUUUUGGAGUUGGGGAUUGUAGUUCACUCUGUGAUUAUUGGUAUUUCUUUGGGAGCUUCUGAAAGCCCUUCAACAAUUAGGCCCCUGGUUGCAGCUCUGACUUUCCAUCAGUUCUUUGAGGGCAUAGGACUUGGGGGGUGUAUCACUCAGGCAAGAUUCAAAAGGAGGGCUGUAGUGGUGAUGACACUGUUUUUCUCUCUUACCACUCCUGUUGGGAUUGCAGUGGGCUUAGGAAUAACAAACAUUUAUGAUGAGAACACUUCAACUGCUCUAAGCGUUGAAGGGGUUCUUGAUUCUGCUGCAGCUGGGAUCUUGAUUUAUAUGGCGCUUGUUGAUCUACUUGCAGCUGAUUUCAUGAACCCUAGGAUGCAAAGCAACGGAAGACUUCAGAUUGGAGCAUAUAUCUCACUUUUAAUUGGGGCUGGUUGCAUGUCUGUCUUAGCUAAAUGGGCAUAAUAGUUGUGGUUGAUGCACAGGAAAUAUUUGUAAUAUUUGUUGUAAUUUUGCUCUUUUUACUUUUUUGAAUUUGAAAGUAAAGCAUUGUUGUUUUGUUUUCAUUUACAGACAUUCAUGUAAUAAUGUACUUGUGCCUUUUACAUUCAUAGAUGAUUAAAUCAUUAAAUGUAGUUUUUGAUGGAUACAGAAGAAAAACUAGCCCACUUACAUACAGGAA